AUGUCAAAAUUAGAAAAGCCAACAAUUUAUUGGCCACUAUUAAGUGAAAGUUGUUUUAUUACAACUUCAUCUAUAACAGAAGGAGUAGCUGUAUCCAUGAUUAGAAGGGUAGCUGAUCAACAUACAGAAAUAGACAACCAUUGGCUUGCAACCAAAAAUGAAAAAGGGAUUCUUCAAAUAAUUGCAAUUUCAAACCUGAAAUUUGUAUUUGAACCUAUAAAAUCAGCAGUAAGCAGU